UCUGCUUUCUCUGUUUCACACCCUCAAAACAAACAAACAAAAAUUCAUCCAAAGCAUUCUUUAGACGAAAUGAGAAAUAUAGUCUCAGCUGCAUCCCCCAUAAACACACCGGAGCCCCCUGCAGCAUCACAGCGGACCCCCUGGCACUCCCCCGUGCCCUACUUGUUCGGGGGACUGGCAGCCAUGCUUGGUCUGAUCGCCUUCGCCCUCCUCAUUCUCGCUUGCUCCUACUGGAAGCUCUCCAUCCAAUCCGAGGAAAGAGACGGAGACAACAGAGAUUUAGAGAGCGCAAACAUUGGGGAACUGGAGGAAGAGAAAAUUAAGCAACACCAAACCAAUAAGAUUUUUGAAGAGAAGAUUUUGGUGAUUAUGGCCGGAGAUCAAAAUCCCACUUUCUUGGCCACGCCGGUGACCACUCCCAGAUUCUCUUCCCUUUCCCAAAACUCUCACAAUCUUUCUUCCGCUAACUUUGAUCAUUUUGUUCAAAAAAAUGAUGAGAUGGGUUGUGAUAAUUGUGAGAAGACUAAAGAAAUGGGUCACCAUCAAAAUCAAGAACAACAGCAUCAAGAGCAACAUCAUCAAGAACAACAACAACAAGAAGCUGAGUGAAGCUUUACUAAUAAUCAUCCUCUUCUUCUUCUUCUUCUUCUUCUUCUUCUUUUUUCUUUCUUUUGGUUAUUUUUUUUAAACCAAAUUUUCCAAUUUUGGAUAUGGAUAUGGGUGUUUCUAUGUAAUUUUGUUCUUUGAUGUAACGAGAAAUGUAAAUUAAAAUUUUGGAGAGAUAAAAUGGAGAGUUAUGUGAUAAUAAUUAUAAUAUUUGCGAUUGAGUUUUGUUUAAAGUUGAAAAA